AUGGACAGACUUAUAAUCCAGUACUUAUCCCUUUCUCUCUCUCUCUCUCUCUCUCUCUCUCUCUCUCUCUUUCACUCACGCACACUCCUUCAACUUUUCUCAUCGCCAAAUCCACUCUGCAUAUCUCUUCCUUUCUCUUUUUACUCCCUACAUUUUGCAUAUCCCUCAUUUUAUCUCUCCUCCACUUCCCGUCUCGUAAUAUCUCUCCAUUGCUCUCUCGCUAUAUCUCCCUAUGAAUACUUCUCAGUUUAUUUUUCUUCCAUCUUUGAACAUAUCUUAAGUUCCCUCCAUCUCUCUUCCAUCUUUGAAUAUCUCUUCAGUUCCCUCCAUCUCUCUUCAAUCUUAGAACAUCUGUUCGAUUCCCUCCAUCUCUCUUCCAUUUUUGAAUAUCUCUUCAGUUCCCUCCAUCUCUCUUCCAUCUUUGAAUAUCUCUUUAGUUCCCUCCAUCUCUCUUCCAUCUUUAAACAUAUCUUCAGAUCCCUCCAUCUCUCUUCCAUCUUAGAACAUCUUUUCGUUCCCUCCAUCUCUCUUCCAUCUUUAAAUAUCUCUUUAGUUCCCUCCAUCUCUCUUCCAUCUUUGAAUAACUCUUCAGUUCCCUCCAUCUCUCUUCCAUCUUUGAAUAUCUCUUUAGUUCCCUCCAUCUCUCUUCCAUCUUUGAAUAUGUCUUCAGUUCCCUCCAUCUCUCUUCCAUCUUUGAAUAUCUCUUUAGUUCCCUCCAUCUCUCUUCCAUCUUUGAAUAUCUCUUCAAACAUCUGUUCGAUUCCCUCCAUCUCUCUUCCAUCUUUGAAUAUCGCUUCAGUUCCCUCCAUCUCUCUUCCAUCUUUGAAUAUCUCUUCAGUUCCCUCCAUCUCUCUUCCAUCUUUGAAUAUCUCUUUAGCUCCCUCCAUCUCUCUUCCAUCUUUGAAUAACACUUCAAACAUCUGUUCGAUUCACUCCAUCUCUCUUCCAUCGUUGAAUAUCUCUUCAGUUCCCUCCAUCCCUCUUCCAUCUUUGAAUAUCUCUUUAGUUCCCUCCAUCUCUCUUCCAUCUUUGAAUAACACUUCAGUUCCCUCAUUCUCUCUUCCAUCUUUGAAUAACUCUUCAGUUCCUCCAUCUCUCUUCAAUCUUAGAACAUCUAACAUCUGUUCGAUUCCCUCCAUCUCUCUUCCAUCUUUGAAUAUCUCUUCAGUUCCCUCCAUCUCUUCCAUCUUUGAAUAUCUCUUUAGUUCCUCCAUCUCUCUUCCAUCUUUAAACAUAUCUUCAGUUCCUUCAUCUCUCUUCCAUCUUAGAACAUCUGUUCGUUCCCUCCAUCUCUCUUCCAUCUUUGAAUAUCUCUUCAGUUCCCUCCAUCUCUCUUCUAUCUUUGAAUAUCUCUUCAGUUCCCUCCAUCUCUCUUCCAUCUUUGAAUAUCUCUUCAGUUCCCUCCAUCUCUCUUCAAUCUUAGAACAUCUGUUCGAUUCCCUCCAUCUCUCUUCCAUCUUUGAAUAUCUCUUCAGUUCCCUCCAUCUCUCUUCCAUCUUUGAAUAUCUCUUCAUUCCCUCCAUUUCUCUUCCAUCUUGGAACAUGUCUUCUGUUCCCUCCAUUUCUCUUCCAUCUUGGAACAUCUGUUCGGUUCCCUCCAUCUCUCUUCCAUCUUUGAAUAACACUUCAAACAUCUGUUCGGUUCCCUCCAUCUCUUCCAUCUUUGAAUAUCUCUUUAGUUCCCUCCAUCUCUCUUCCAUCUUUGAAUAUCUCUUCAGUUCCCUCCAUCUCUCUUCCAUCUUUGAAUAUCUCUUCAGUUCCCUCCAUCUCUCUUCAAUCUUAGAACAUCUGUUCGAUUCCCUCCAUCUCUCUUCCAUCUUUGAAUAUCUCUUCAGUUCCCUCCAUCUCUCUUCCAUCUUUGAAUAUCUCUUCAGUUCCCUCCAUCUCUCUUCCAUCUUUAAACAUAUCUUCAGUUCCCUUCAUCUCUCUUCCAUCUUAGAACAUCUGUUCGGUUCCCUCCAUCUCUAUUCCAUCUUUGAAUAUCUCUUUAGUUCUCUCCAUCUCCAUUCCAUCUUUGAAUAUCUCUUCAAACAUCUGUUCGAUUCCCUCCAUCUCUCUUCCAUCUUUGAAUAUCUCUUCAGUUCCCUCCAUCUCUCUUCCAUCUUUGAAUAUCUCUUCAGUUCCCUCCAUCUCUCUUCCAUCUUUGAAUAUCUCUUCAUUCCCUCCAUCUCUCUUCCAUCUUUGAAUAACUCUUUAGUUCCCUCCAUCUCUCUUCCAUCUAUGAAUAACUCUUCAGUUCCCUCCAUCUCUCUUCCAUCAUUGAAUAUCUCUUCAGUUCCCUCCAUCUCUAUUCCAUCUUUGAAUAUCUCUUUAGUUCCCUCCAUCUCUCUUCCAUCUUUGAAUAUCUCUUCAGUUCCCUCCAUCUCUCUUCCAUCUUUGAAUAACUCUUCAGUUCCCUCCAUCUCUCUUCCAUCUUUGAAUAUCUCUUCAGUUCCCUCCAUCUCUCUUCCAUCUUUGAAUAUCUCUUCAGUUCCCUCCAUCUCUAUUCCAUCUUUGAAUAUCUCUUUAGUUCCCUCCAUCUCUCUUCCAUCUUUGAAUAUCUCUUUAGUUCCCUCCAUCUCUCUUCCAUCUUUGAAUAACUCUUCAGUUCCCUCCAUCUCUCUCCCAUCUUGGAACAUCUCUUCAGUUCCGUCCAUUUCUCUUCCAUCUUGGAACAUCUCUUCAGAUCCCUCCAUUUCUCUUCCAUCUUGGAACAUCUCUUCAGAUCCCUCCAUUUCUCUUCCAUCUUGGAACAUGUCUUCUGUUCCCUCCAUUUCUCUUCCAUCUUGGAACAUCUCUUCAGUUCCCUCCAUUUCUCUUUCUAUCACUGCAUAG